AGCUCCAGACAUGGACAGCAUCUCAACCAUUCACGACGAUGAGCGGUAGAUGGAGCAGAAAAGAGUCGUAGAAAUUGGAACCGUCGACUGAAUUAUUAUGUGGGCUCGGUUGGCGAAGUCUUCGUCGACCCGAAAGAAGUUUGGAGAAAACGGUGUGUUGCAAUAGUGAGGUCUGAGUGGAGUGGAGCUCAACGACGUACUUAUUUCCGUAUUUCCUUUGAUAGUCCACGGAGUAUAUAGCUUCGCAAUCGCAGCUCUACGACCCUGAGUGCUGAACCAUUUCUUUCCCUCGAUAUCUUGAAGCUUUCUUCCUGCUUCUCCUUCGACUAAAUCAGCAGCCAUGGCGCCCAGAAUCGCAAUCGUCCUCUAUUCCAUGUACGGCCACACCGUGAAGCUGGCCCAGGCUCAGCACAAGGGGAUUCUCACCGCGGGCGGCAAGGCCGAUAUCUUCCAGAUCGCCGAGACCCUUCCCGAUAACGUUCUCAGCAUGAUGAAGGCACCUCCCAAGCCCGACUACCCCAUCGCUGAGCCGGAUACGCUGCUGGAUUACGACGGCUUCCUCCUUGGUAUUCCCACGCGUUACGGUAACUUCCCCGCGCAGUGGAAGGCAUUCUGGGACAAGUCGGGUGGUAUCUGGGCCAAGGGAGGUUACUACGGCAAAUUCGCCGGUCUUUUUAUCUCAACGGGUACGCAGGGUGGUGGUCAGGAAUCGACCGCUCUCGCGGCCAUGAGCACUCUGGCUCACCACGGAAUAACCUAUGUUCCUCUGGGGUAUAAGACCGCCGGACACCUGCUGAGCAACCUGUCGGAGAUCCACGGCGGCAGCCCCUGGGGUGCUGGUACCUUUGCCGGGCCUGAUGGAAGUCGUCAGCCCAGUGAGCUCGAGCUUCAGGUCGCCGAGAUUCAGGGCAAGUCCUUCUACGAGCACAUCGCCGGUGUCGGUGCCAAAUAAAUAAAGAAAGUCGCCAUUGUGAGAAUUGCAGCGUACCGCCUAGAGGGACAUUGUUAGACUUGAAUGCUGGGGGCAUUACUUUACAACGAACCAAGAACUUCGUGUUCCAAGCAUGACUGGGCUCAUGCGACAUGCUCCCGCAUGCUGUAACUAAGACAAUCAUAGAAUCUAAAUCUUGAGGAACACUGUCAAGUCUCUUUUGUGAACACCACUUGAAAGGACGUUUGAUACAUGUCGUGACUAAUGCUGAGACGAAGCGUCAUGCUCCGUGUGAUGGUGCGAAUUACACAGCAGACGUAGAAAGCUCUCUACUGCGUUGUUAGGAUUGCCGUCCGUCAUAUUGUUGGGUAUAACUCACCUGCGAUCUUAUAUCUGCUAGACAGAACUUGCAGC